CACUAGACCUACUUUCGCUCUUUUACAUCAUUUAUCUAUAUAAACAAGCAAACACGUUAAUAAGUUCGAUAAUUUAACUAAACUAAAAAUCGGUUUUGGAGUCUUGAUUCUGAGCAAAUUUCUAAAUACGAAGAUUAAAUUUUUAACUAGAGUACGAAGAGGUGUAAGGGACCCUAAAAUGUCGAUUCUGGAAUACUCUGACAAGUUCGCUAAAGUGAAAUCACCUUCAGAAAAUGCCCACACUUGUGAAGUUUGUCCCUACUUUACCACAUCAUUUUUUUCACUGGUAAACCACGUCAAACGUCACGAUUCAUCGUCCUUACAUUUUGACUGUGAAUCAGCCGACGUUGAAACAUUUUCUUGCAAGGACUGCGGUUUCCAAACAAAGCUAACAUUCCUUUUCAAACAACACAUUGAAAAACACAGUCACAGUGAAGAAAAAGAAUACAGCAUCAAAAAUUAUUAUUGUAACAAGUGCAGCUGUGAAACUCAUUCAGUGUUGACAUACUUUCAACACAUGAAAGCACAUCUUACAAAUGACAGUUUUCACACACCAAAUACAAGCAACUUUUUCAAGUAUAAUUGCAACCAAUGCGAGUACAAGUGUAAACGAAAAACGUCUUUAAAAAUGCACACAGUGUCAAAACAUAUGAAUGAUGACGAAAUAACGUGGUAUUACUGCGCAAAGUGUCCGUAUAAAGGUAAACAAAAGCGGUCGUUGAAUGAACACACCACUAGACAACACUCAGAUGAACAAAAUAUUAAAUGGUUUGACUGUGGAAAGUGUCCGUACAAGAGCAAGUACCAUUCCAAUUUAAUAAACCACGUAAAUUCGCACCACUUGGAUAAAGCUGACGUUAAAUGGUACGAGUGUAAUCAGUGUCCAUAUAAAGCCAAACACCAUGCCAAUUUAAUCCGGCACGUAAACGAGCGUCAUUUGGAUGAACAAGAGAUUAAAUGGUACGAAUGCGAAAAGUGCCCAUACAAAGCUAAACGAAGUUCCCAUUUGAGGAAUCACAUAAUUGGGCACCAUUUCGACGUGCAGGAUGUUAAGUGGUACAGAUGUGAUCAAUGUCCAUAUAAGGCUAUUCGCAGCGACAGUUUAAAACGGCACCUGAAGGUAAACCAUUUAAAAGAGGAGGACAUUGAAUGGUUCAAAUGUGAGCAGUGUUCAUACAAAGCCAAGUAUAAGUCGUCUUUAAGCAGACAUGUCAGCACGCAACAUGAAAAAAUUAUGAAGUGGUUCGAAUGCCACAAAUGUUCGUUCAAAACUAAGCGUAAGUCGUCGCUAAACAGACACGUGAGCACCCUCCACGUGGAUUAAAAC